AUGGAGAAAUUCGCAAAUUCAAGGCACAGAGCGAACAACGCCAGCAAAUAUCUCGAUUAUGUUGAAGACAAUGAUGCAAUGAUCGAAAAUUUGAAUAAUUAUUCAAGCAAAUUGCAAAAUGUUUUCCAAAACUCAUCAAACCAAAAUUUUCUAAACGAAUAUACAACUGUUGAGUAUUAUGCAAUAGAAGAAUACGAGAACCCUGAAGAAUCUGCUGAAACAAUUCAGUCUCUAAAUAAAAUUAAAAAAGAAGACAAUGACAAUCAAAAGAAAUUACAAAAGAAUGACAAAAUCUCAUUAAAAUCUCAGACUUCUGUUUCUUCAUGGAAAUUCUUACAAGAUGAAAAAGAUUUAGAAUCACAACCUUUCGAAAACGUCAUAAAAGGUAAAGAUAAAUUAAACGCCUCUGAUGGAAAUUCAGAAUCCAAUAUACCAAUUUCGGUAAAACAACAAAAAACCGAAAAUUCUAAACAAUCAGUGAUAAAAAGAGAAAAGGCGCAAAAACAAAUGGACUUCGUGGGCCCUUUGUAUAUCAGCUCUCAUAAUUUAUCUGAAUUAAAUGAAUCGUCACGCGGCUCAAACAAAUCUUGCAAUUCACAGAAAAAAUCUGUAAAAUCGGGGUUAAAGUCUGAUUCGCACAUUUUGACAAACCAUGAAAGUUCCAAAAAUUCUUUCAAAUUAUCACAAAAAUCGGAUCUUUUGUCAAACCAAGAAAAAAACACAGAAUAUACACAAAACUCUGAUGAUACAUACUCUUACACCAGAGACUAUACUUAUUCUUAUCAAAAUACAACUCCUUCGUCUAAAUCUACAAAAACUGCUUCAAAACAACAGGAACUAUCUGAUAAAAUUGUUACUUCAAAGGCUCCGCAAUCAAAAGUAGAUAUACAGAUAUCAAAACUCAAUGAAACCUUGAAUCCAAAAGAUUCAGAUUACUAUAAUUUAAAAAGGGAAGAAAUCCUUAAUAAAUGGAAGCAAGAAGCUGAAAAUGCCGCCAAAGAAGAGCGUAUGUACAAUGAAUCAUUGAUUUUUAAAGUUCAGCCCAAUAAAUACAAAAUUACAGGUAUAAGAAGGGAGCAAAAGGCAUCUGAUUCGAAGCAAAUCAGCUCAAAUAAUGAAGAAGUUUUUAUUCCGCAGAGCUACUUCCGGAUGCCUCCAAAUCCUUCAAAUCAUUUUCUCCGAACUAUGUCGCUUCCUACGAAUGAGCGCCUCUCAGCUCCCAAAAAGAAGAAGGUAUCGAAAAAUAAAUCUAGACGAAUCACUAAACGAGAAUUCGAUGAAUUCUACAACAGGCAAUGUGAUACUGAAACAAAAAGGAUGAAAGAAACUUUACAAAAACCAAAAAGUGACAAUGAAGAAAAAGUAGGAAAAUCCUGUACAACUAAUAUUGGAAUCAAAUUGUUCAAGGAAUCAAUUAAGCCAUUUAAAUUUGAAGAUGAUGAAAUGCUGAAUGAAAAUAUUCAUAAAUCUACAGCAAAAUGGACUAAUGACGAGAGAUUUUGGAAGCCCAAAGAAGUUAAUGAUGCAAAUAGUAUUAGUAUUCCACUGAAAACGAAGAGAAACGCAAAUAAGAACAGCAUUUUAAUGACAAAAGGGAAAUCAUCGUUCUUUGAGCGAUCAAAGUAUGAUUAUAGCGAUGUACUUAAUAAAUACAAGGAAACUGUUGAGAAAGAGCAAAUGAAAACUUAUUACACUGAGUUUGAUGAAAAAGCAUGA